AUGUUUAAAACGAAAUUCACGCUUUUCAUAUUGGCUAUAACAUUCGCAUGUUACAACGGUCAGACGAACGAUUCUGUUACGUAUUUGAGCCGAUUUAUUGCGGACUUAUGGCUUGAGGGGUCGCAUGUUGCAAGGAUUGUUUGGAAGGAUUGUACGAAAAAGUUAGUAGAUGUCAAAGGUGUUACGGAUCAUAAGGAAUACUAUCCGAGGUUUAUAAGAUGUAUGAAGAGGAAGACUCUAAGGGCUUUGGACCGUAGUUUGAGUCAGGACGUGGUGCCUAUAGCGGAUGGAAUGAAUUUAGUCAGAUUCGAACUGGUUGAUAAUUCAGGGAACAUCCUGCAGGAGAAUGAGACAAGUUCAUGGUCGGAGAAAGAGCUGGAGGACGGCGAAUGGCGAUAUCUCGCCCUUAAAAGAAUGGCUCAAGUUCUUCGAACUCACGUUAUAAAAUUCGAAUUCGAUGAUGACAGCAUCUCUAGCAAAGUUGAAUACAGAGGUCGCCGACGUCACCAUAUGAUGACUAUGAUGAUGUUUGGAAUCGUGUCCAUUGGCAUGGUCCUGAUUCCAAUGGGCUUCCAAUUUCUUGCAGUGCUUGGAGGGAAAGCUCUACUUUUAUCUAAAAUGGCUCUCAUACUCGCCUCGAUACAAGGACUUAAAAAGAUUUCUGCAAGUCCGUUAAGCUACGGCUUCUACCCUUCGUACCCACCAUUCGACCAUUACGAUAAAAGAAGUAGAGAAGGACAUAUGCCGGUACCAACAUCUCAAGAAGCCUUAUUUUUAAAAAAAUCUUUACAUCGAACAGAUAACUUUAAAGCAGAGGAAAACGAACCUGAGCCUAUAAAUCGUAAGGCAGUCGAAAGUUUACACAAAAAAGGAUCUAAUGUCAAAAAACUCGAUAAAGAAGAUAUAAGGCAGUAUACAGUUUAUAAUGGUUAUACAUCCGAAGAUAUAGUGCCUUCUUCAAACUCGCAGUCCACUUUAGUUGACCUUACAACGAACCCUGGAGAGGUGCAAGCUGACUAUUCGUUAGAUUUACCGUUCAAUGGAUUUCAUUUUCAAAGUUCCACUCCUAUCAUUUCAGCUUGAAGUGUUUGUGAGACUCUUCAGGGCUCUGUACGAUGUAAUAAUAGGAAUAUAUUCAUAUUUUGCACAAGUUUUAUAUCCAAAUAGAUACGUAAUAUAUCAUGUUUAUUAAAAUAGU